UGUCUGCGGACUUAGGUUUUGCACAUGUGAUGGCGGCGUACAUGUCGUUCAUUUAUUGAUCCGGCGCCCAGUUUCUUCUCAAUAUGGCAAUGAAUAAAGUCGUCAAUACCGUUAAAUCUAUGUUAGGCGUAAAGUUUCCAAGCCAGAAUGCCACGCCACUGGGGACCUUAAUGCCCUCUCGCAACAUGUACACCGACUGGCGAAUGGCUCGAGACGCCAAGAGGAGAAGAACGGUCAAAGAAUACGCGCGUCUGAGGUUAAAUAUCAACUCCAUGAGAAAGAAUGACAUCCUGCCGAAAAGUUUGCAGGAAAUUGCGGACAAGGAGAUCGCAGCCCUGCCGUUGAACAGCUGCUACACGCGCUUCCAUGGUCGCUGCGUGAUCACGUCUCGGGCCAGGGGCUUCGUCCGGCCCUGGCGGGUGUCGCGCAUGAUGUUCCGGCACCUGGCCGACUACAACUACCUGUCCGGCGUGCAGAGGGCCAUGUGGUAGCCGGGGUGACCCGCGAUACGCUGCAGACCGGACCUUGCUGAGACUGUUACGUAGUUGACGCACGCGUUGUACAGAAUGCACGGUUGCUCUAACGCGAGCAUAUGUGGCCGUUUUACACCCCUUGUGUAGUCCUGGCACCGCGGACUGUCCGCAAGUAGUGCCUUCGUGCACGUACGUGUCACGUACCCUGCUGCCUAAAAAAAAAAAAGGUGUGCGGGAAGUCUGUUCCGUGUGGACGUGCCAGGAAUAAAGUUUAGAAUUCCACGAUUAUUACUUUCUUUGUUUUCUUGGUGACUGUAGUGCAUGUACAUCACUGAACAGAAAGCGUGGAGAUCAUUUCCAUGACGUGAAUUGAGGUAGUCACGUGACCGUCAAUCUCCAAGUACCUCGGAGCAGCACCGGAACGGGACGUCACGCUGGCCUCCAUAUCCUCGGCACUCGAAACUGGUGCCGAGAGCUGUGCAUAUUGUUGUAAUUAAAUAUGCCGUAUGAUUUUGCA